UACAACUACAAGCACUUGUGCAAAAUUUUGUGAAGCCUAGUAUAUUUAGUACUUUCUUGUUCUUCUAGAAGUAGAUGCAGUCUUCACAUGAUCCUCCAUUCGGCUACUCCGUCAUUUCAUCUCUUAAUUGUGUGCGCAGACAUGAAUUUCAUUCGUCCCUCAAUCGUUCACAACUUUCAGGUAUCAAUAUUCCUCCUCGUGGUGGGUUUCAUUUGGUCAACAGGGGCUUGCGUCGGUUUUAUGUCUGACACCGUUCCCGAGGACCGGAAGGCCUUGGGCGUCUAUCCUGUUUGGUUGUUCUAUGUAGCAAUUGCUUGGAUGAUACUACUUGCAUUAAUAAGUUGAGAAAUUCACGUGAGGAAGGUGACGGAGAACACCAACAAAGAUGACGAGGAUGGUUCAUUUUCAAGAACGGGGACACUUGAAAGUGGAUAGAACUUCGCGUGUCUCCUUAUGGGGACAAAUGCAAACACCGUCAUGAACGAUCGUGUAUAUGCAGCUUUGGAGGGUUCGAUUGCAGUUUAGAAGGAGCAAUACAUCCUUCGCGUAAAAAAUACGAGAAUAC